CUGCUGUCAUCCACAAUAACGCCACAAUUUAGCCUCAUCCACUCUUCACCUGCUUUUCUUAUGACAUCCUUCAAACCCGGCGACCACAUCUCAACAUGUUUGAGGAUCCUGAACUCCAAGAUUCGUUGUCACUGAGUCUAAAUGAAAGCUAUGAUGACCAGAAUUCGCCGCGUCAUGAUUCGAAAAAAGCACCAUCCAGCCCUGACUAUAAUUGUGAGACACCAGAGAUUCGAGUCAUCAUCAAAGAGGAGGAGGAAGGCUGGACUGUGAGUGAAAAUCAUGAGACCUUCGGGUCAGAAGGAGAAAAAGAGGACACGCACGACCUCAAAGCAUACGUAAAGGAGAGCUCCAUUUCAUACGAAGUAAAGACCCAGCAGGGAGUAUACUUGGUGGAGAAAUGCUCCGAGGAGUCCAGAGGCCCCGCUCUCUACGGGCAGAGCUCCUCUGCCAGAGAGGAGCAGCAGAGACACAUGCUUAUGGACUCUGAUGAGAAACCUAAGAUUUCCUGUAUACGAGGAAAAGUGCCGGGAAAUGUGACUGUGCAACAGUGCAAUAACACAGGAGAGAAACCUCUCUCCUGCUCAUUACAUGAGUCGACCCCCAGUCAGAUAAGGAACACAAAAUCCCAUCAGAGAGCACAUGCAGGGGACGAGUGUCACGCUGAAGAGCAGAGCCUGGACGUCAAACAAAGCACAUCGACAGAAGCAGAAGAGACCAAAAGAUCAGCACCUUGCCAAACAGAUUCUCCUGAACACAAGCCCCUGGUGUCACAUGGACUCAAGAUGGCAUCUGCAAACUUAGAGGACCAGACACUCCAUUUGACUGUCAGACUGCAGGCUGGAGAGGAGGAGGAGGAGGAAGAAGAAGAGGAACAAGAUGAAGAAAUUGGUGGUUUAAUCAACUCUGAUGGAGAAGUGGUUGAAUGGAAUGCCAGAGACAGUCCUGACCGAGGCUCUGAUUGCACAGACAGUCCUCAGCAUAGCAAGGGUGUCGUCCUGUCCCAGCCUCAGCUGCAAGGCCAAAACCAGAGAGACAGUAGUAGUCCAACGCUCAUCAUGGAAGUUGUGUCUGUGGGGGAAGAUGAAGAAAGGGAGGAAGGGGAGGACAAAGAGAGAGCAGUAAAGAUGGCAGCCGUCCCGCCUUUAUAUCGCGGAAAGAGACACAGAAGAAAGAAGAAGGUCCCAGAGAUAACAGUGGUGUCACUGGACGUCUCAGACCCAGAGAAAGAAGUUCCUGCAAAGCCCGUCAAAAGAAGAAGCAAAAGAAAGACUUCAGAAGUUCCACUGGUGUCUGCUGAAGAUCUAGAGGCAGAGCCAGGAAUAUCAAGGCGCACCCGAAGGAAGAGAAAUUUUCCCAGCAUGGCUGAAUCAGAGGAAUUCAACUCCAAAACUGUCCGCCGUGCUGCCAGUGAGACGAGAAAAACAAAGCGAUCUUACAGAAGAAGGAAAGAUACCAAACAAUCUGCUGAAGGAGGAGGAGAAAACACAGGUGUUUCUGCUGGGAAGAAGCGCCCUGGCAGAAAGAUGAUUCGUGUUCCCAUAGACAUACCUCCUGAGCUCCUGAAGAAACCCAAAGAGAAGAUGGAGUACCACUGCUCGGUUUGUGGAAAAGAAUUCCCUCAUGCCUACAAACUAGAGAGGCACGAGCUGAUUCACACAGGAGAGAAACCUUACUGCUGCUCCAUCUGUGGUCGCGGUUUCAACCAGAAGGGGAAUCUCAAAACGCACUACAAAGUCCACUUAGGCCGUAAGGGCGCUAUGGAUUUUGACGAUGAGGUGAAUCCCAUAGCGUCAGAGCUGUCUGAAUACUUGAAGUCUCUGCCAGGGGAGUCCAGGAUCAGAUCGUCCCUCCGCUGCCUGGAGUGUGGAAAAGAGUGUGAGAGUCACUCAGCUUUACAAGCACACCACAUUACCACACACACGGGAACAGCCGGCCAACCGGACGUGGUGGAAAACGCCGUAUCAGAGCUUCUCUUCUGCCGCCGCUGCGGCAUUCAGUUCAACGAAAAAGAAAAGCUCGAAGAACAUAUGAAAACCCACAUCAAGGAGAAACCCUACUCCUGUCCCGACUGUGGCAAGAGGUUCAUCAAUGAGAGCUACAUCCAAGUUCAUCAACGCAUCCAUACUGGGGAGAAACCGUUUCUCUGCUCUCAGUGCGGCAGAGGUUUCCACACGGCUUCCUCUCUCAAGCUGCAUGAGAUGCAGCACUCUGGGGAGAGGCCGUUCGCGUGCUCCAUCUGCGGAAAGACGUUUCGGAUAAAUUCGUACCUAACAGCACAUUACCAGACCCACAUUAAAGACAGACCUUUCAUUUGUAGUGUCUGUGGGAAAGGCUACUCCAGAGCUGAGGAACUGAAGGUGCACCACAGGCUCCACACCGGAGAGAGACCCUACCAGUGUGGAGAGUGCGGGAAGAGCUUCAUUUACCGCCAGGGUCUGCGGCAGCAUCAGCGCACACAUGCUGGAAGACGCAUCGGGCCAACCAGACAGCUCGGUAGACCGAAGCAACAGGCCAGGAGCUCAGCAGAGGGCCACCAAGCUUUUGGUGCUCCAGCAGAAGCAAGAAUUAAUGUCAGCGCCCAGCUCAGGAUCACGGCGGGUCGGGAGCACUUUAAACAGAGCUGUCGAGUGGAGCAGCCCUCCUGGUCUUCUGGGACUUCGUCUGUGUCGCCACCCUCUGAGCUCGGCCUCCCACAUCACAUCACACCAGAGAAAAUGCACCUGAACGAGAUGGGUGCAGAGAUAAAUCACCACGAAGAAGACAAACCGGAAACACAGGACCGGGAUCACGUAACAGAACGCACAGAGGAAACCUUAAUACCACCAGAACCUGAACACGGCAGCUCCCAUGAACAGCCUCAGGAAAAGCCGUCUGAGGGGCAAUGCCAGGAGCGUCGCAGACUCAAGAAGUAUGACUGUCCGACCUGCGGGAGAGCUUUCUCCGACAACACCGCUCUGAAACGACACCUCGUCAUUCACGCUGGGAAAAGACCUUACAAGUGCUUCAUAUGUGGGAGAGGAUUCACGCAGAGUGGAAACCUCAAAACGCACAUGAAAGUUCACAGAGAGAUGGGCUCUGAAAACCCAGAGGACUUUGGGCCAGCUGUGAUCCUCGCUGAGGAAGAUCAGCAGGAAAUUGGAGGCCUGAUCAAUUCAGAUGGAGAAGAAGUGGAUUUUUCAGAUCUCAGAGAGGGCGCUAUCCCUGGCCUUGUACAUGCAGAGGCUCCCUCAAAGACAUUUGAUCAAAGCGAGAAUGAAAAACCACCAUCUCUUCACAGCUGCUCAGUAUGUGGGAAAGACUUCCCUUACGCCUCUAAACUUCAGCGGCACCUACGUACUCACUCAGGAGAGAGGCCCUUCCCCUGCUCCAUGUGUGAGAAGAGAUUUCCAGAAAAGGGGCUGCUCAUGAUCCAUGAAAGGGUCCACACCGGGGAAAAGCCAUUCCCAUGCACUUUCUGUGAGAAAAGAUUUGCCAGUCAGGGUGAGCUCAGGUUGCACCGGCGAACACACACUGGCGAGAGGCCGUAUCACUGCUCCAUCUGCCUGAAGAGCUUUUCCCGUCAUUGGCAUCUGAAAACUCACUUAGAGGCGAUGCACUCUGAGGUUGUUGCAGGCUUUACAAGGAAGAAGUUUCCGUGUUCGGACUGUGAAAAGAGCUGUAACUCAGCAGCUGAGUUGAGAGAUCAUCAGAGGACUCACACCGGAGAGAGGCCUUAUCAGUGCUCUUUCUGUGAAAAAAGAUUUGCCCUGUCUGGCACACUUGUGAGACAUGAGCGUCUCCACACCGGCAUUACACCCUACCACUGCUCCGACUGUGGUAAGACAUUUGCACAGCAGUGGACUCUGACAACACACAUGCGGACUCACACGGGAGAAAAACCCUACAGCUGCACACAGUGCGAUAAGUCUUUUGUAGCUCCAGGAGAGCUCCGGAGGCACACCAGGAUUCACACAGGAGAAAAGCCGUACACUUGCAAGGACUGUGGGAGGCAUUUCUCCCUGGCAGGAACUCUCAGAAACCACAAAAGGUCGUGCACACAGAGCAAGAAUGGAUCCGUUACAGGUGUCCUCUCAGACCCAGUCCAGGCUGCAGUGGGUGAAUCAUCCCAGCAAGACCUGGUCAACAACAUCAGCUCUGAGGUGUGUGACAGCCAGAGUUUGCUCAGUCCAUUUGAGCCUCAUUCCUCAGACGGUCUUAACUGUGACAAAGCAGCGCACGAGCCAGACGACAGGCUAGAGGACGUCGCGUCCAGUCCACAUAUGAAUGUAAUAGUGAAGGAGGAGGAAGAAGAGGAACCUUUGUGUGUAGAGGAAGCUCCUGACCGGGUGUCUGGCAGUGAGGAUUGCACCAUGCAGGAGGAAACUAAAGAGCAGCAUCAGGAAAGCCACACAGAAAUUAGGAUUACAGUGAAGGAGGAAGAAGAGGAACUUGUGAACAUGUCUGGAGAGGAUCCUGAUCAUGUCUCCAACAGUGAUAAAACCAGUCCUCCGGCGUCACCAGGGCGGGAACAGUGUAACGAAAAUCUGACAAAGAGCUCUUAUUGCUGUGGGCUCUGUGGGAGAGACUGUCACAAGAUGUCAGCUCUUCAGAUCCACAUGCGAAUUCACUCGGGAGAGAAACCUUACCAGUGCACUCUGUGUGGGAAGCAGUUCACGCAGAAAGGUCAACUCAAAGGUCAUCAGAAAGUCCACACAGGAGAGAAGCCGUUCUCCUGCCCGGACUGCGGGAAGAGUUUCGCCCACUCGGGGGCCAUGAACAGACACCGGCUCACACACACAGGAGAGAGGCCCUACCACUGCUCUGUGUGCGACAGGAGCUUCAACCAGUCUGGCCGCUUGAGGGAACAUGAGAAAAUCCACUUUGGGGAGAAGUUUGACUGUCCCGAGUGUGAAAAGAGUUUUACACGAGCUUCAAGUCUCAAGAACCAUUUCAGGCUUCACACGGGAGAGCGGCCGUAUGGCUGCGACAUCUGCGGGAGAGGCUUCAGCCGCUCACAGAGCCUGAGGCUCCACAAGCGGAAACACGAGCAGAUUCUCACUGAGGAGGUGUCUGUAUUCAGUGUGAGGAACGAUGAUUUAUUACAGAGUGACGAUAACUCUCCAAUUAAUAUGUGUAUAACAGACAAAAAUGGCUGAUAAUGUAUUUAUAUAAACCGUUGAGAUAUCUAUCAGUAGUAGUAUAACGACAAAAGAUUUUAGGCAGUAAAACAUGAACUGAGACAGGAGAAAGUAAAGGACUACCUCUGUGAAUAGACCGUCAUUCAAAUUUUAUGUGGUGGUUCACGAAAAAGUAUUAAAGCUAAAAUAUUUAACUCCCUGAAAUUAACACACAGAUAAGUGUUAGGUGAUGUUCAGCAACUAACAACACGGUUUUACACAAAAUGACCAAACACUUCUUUUUUCAAGAUUUUGGAAACUGUUUAGAUGGUAAAUUUUAGAGGUCAUAUUUACUCUCUUUUACCACUCUUACCUACGUUAGUUGCAUCAAAGUAUUGCCCUCACAUUUAGAGUAUUUAUUGUAGUACAAAUGACUCAUUUAAGGUCUGUGAUUUCACACUUUUCCAUGCAGUAUUUGUCAUUCAAACUAAUCGUGUAUGUGGAAAUUGGAUGGAAGAGUAAUAAUGUUUUUGUAUCAGAUGCUACGAUGGCCAGUGAGCAGUCGAAUCAGGUGAAACUGAAAGUCAUUCUUUUGGGUUUAAGUGACUAUCCGAAAUAUUUUGGCCAGUAAUGAAGAAAUGGGACUGAUUUAUUUUUGCCAAAACAAUUUUGCCUUAGUGGUGAUCAGUCUUUAUCUCAGUUUAUGUUAUUAAAACCAAAUCAUGAAUAACGUUCACCUGGUUUAGACAGCUCUUCAAGGCCAAGUAACCAUUGUGAAUAAAGGUCAUCCUAUAAGGCUGUGAUACAAAAGGCAAAUAUUUGAAGCCAUGUAGAUGGUAAAUUUUGCCCAGUGCUGCCUCUGUCUAAUUGUAUGAGACAUGUCAUACUGAACAAUAAAAGUAAA